CCAAGAGAAGCUACUGGAGAUAUCAAUUUACCGUAAACAAAAGAGAGGGGCGCGGACCCGGAAGAGGAAGCUGGAGCGGGGCGGGAGUAACUCGGAAGGCCGGCAGUGAGGGGGCCCGGCGGGUACAGUAGCUCCGAAGGCGGGCAGUGAGGGGCCUGGGGCAAAUCGUAGCCAUGGCGGUGGCCGUGGCCACGGCGGGAGCCGUACCCGGAACAGAGCUGGGCCCCGCGGAAGAACUAGCCAAACUCGAGUAUCUGUCUUUAGUGUCGAAGGUUUGCACUGAGCUGGACAAUCACUUGGGGAUCAACGACAAGGAUCUGGCUGAAUUUGUGAUCAGUCUUGCUGAGAAAAAUACCACCUUUGAUACUUUUAAGGCUUCACUGGUCAAAAAUGGUGCAGAAUUCACGGAUUCUCUUGUUAGUAACUUGCUGCGUCUCAUACAAACCAUGCGGCCUCCAGCGAAGCCUUCCGCAAGCAAAGAUCCAGUUGUUAAACCCAAAACUGAAAAAGAAAAGCUGAAGGAACUCUUUCCAGUCCUUUGCCAACCAGACAACCCUUCUGUUCGGACCAUGCUGGAUGAGGAUGAUGUGAAAGUCGCUGUGGAUGUCCUGAAAGAACUGGAGGCCUUGAUGCCCAGCGCAGCAGGCCAGGAGAAGCACAGAGACGCUGAGCACCGGGACAAGACAAAGAAGAAGAAGCGGAGCCGAGAGCGAGACCGCGAGCGAGACCGAGACCGCAAUAGAGACCACAAGCGGAGACACCGGUCCCGCUCUCGAUCACGUUCCCGGACCCGGGAGAGGAAUAAGGGGAAGUCUAGGUAUCGGUCCAGGAGCAGAAGUCAGAGUCCCCCAAGAGACCGGAAAGACCGAGACAAGUAUGGGGAGAGGAAUCUGGACAGAUGGCGGGAUAAGCAUGUGGACCGCCCUCCCCCAGAAGAGCCCGCCAUCGGGGACGUUUACAAUGGCAAAGUUACCAGCAUCAUGCAGUUUGGAUGCUUUGUGCAGCUGGAGGGACUAAGGAAGCGUUGGGAAGGCCUGGUGCACAUCUCUGAGCUCCGUCGGGAAGGCCGUGUGGCCAAUGUGGCUGAUGUGGUGAGCAAAGGCCAGAGGGUCAAGGUCAAAGUGCUGUCCUUCACUGGGACCAAGACCAGCUUGAGCAUGAAGGAUGUGGAUCAAGAGACUGGAGAAGAUCUAAACCCAAAUCGACGACGGAAUCUUGUUGGGGAGACCAACGAGGAGACCUCUAUGAGGAAUCCAGAUAGACCCACCCACCUCUCCCUCGUCAGUGCCCCUGAAGUAGAGGACGACUCGCUGGAGCGCAAGCGCCUUACCCGCAUUUCUGACCCAGAGAAGUGGGAGAUCAAGCAGAUGAUUGCUGCCAAUGUCCUUUCCAAAGAAGAGUUUCCAGACUUUGAUGAAGAGACUGGCAUUCUCCCUAAAGUGGAUGAUGAAGAAGAUGAGGACCUUGAGAUUGAACUGGUUGAGGAAGAGCCUCCAUUCCUGAGAGGGCACACCAAGCAAAGCAUGGACAUGAGCCCUAUCAAAAUUGUUAAGAACCCGGAUGGUUCCCUCUCCCAAGCAGCAAUGAUGCAGAGUGCCCUCGCCAAAGAAAGGCGGGAACUCAAGCAGGCCCAGCGGGAAGCAGAGAUGGAUUCUAUUCCCAUGGGACUCAACAAACAUUGGGUUGAUCCUCUGCCUGAUGCGGAAGGCAGGCAGAUUGCUGCCAACAUGAGGGGUAUUGGGAUGAUGCCCAAUGACAUUCCCGAGUGGAAGAAGCAUGCCUUUGGGGGCAACAAAGCUUCUUAUGGAAAAAAGACCCAGAUGUCAAUCAUUGAACAGAGAGAGAGCCUGCCCAUCUACAAACUGAAGGAGCAGCUGGUCCAGGCUGUCCAUGACAAUCAGAUCCUGAUUGUCAUCGGAGAGACAGGAUCUGGGAAGACAACGCAGAUCACCCAGUACCUGGCAGAGGCGGGCUACACUUCCAGGGGCAAGAUUGGAUGUACCCAGCCCAGAAGAGUUGCGGCCAUGUCAGUGGCCAAAAGAGUGUCAGAGGAGUUUGGUUGUUGCUUAGGCCAAGAGGUGGGCUACACCAUUCGAUUUGAGGACUGCACCAGCCCCGAAACAGUUAUCAAGUACAUGACGGACGGGAUGUUGCUCCGAGAGUGCCUGAUUGACCCCGACCUCACUCAGUAUGCAAUCAUCAUGUUGGACGAGGCACAUGAGAGAACAAUUCACACUGAUGUGCUCUUUGGAUUGUUGAAAAAGACGGUUCAGAAACGGCAGGACAUGAAGCUGAUUGUCACCUCAGCCACCUUGGAUGCGGUGAAGUUUUCUCAGUACUUCUAUGAAGCUCCCAUCUUCACCAUCCCAGGUCGAACAUACCCAGUAGAAAUACUGUAUACAAAGGAACCUGAAACCGAUUAUCUGGAUGCCAGCUUGAUCACUGUCAUGCAGAUCCAUUUAACAGAACCACCAGGUGAUAUCCUGGUCUUCCUGACUGGUCAGGAAGAGAUUGAUACUGCUUGUGAGAUCCUGUAUGAAAGAAUGAAAUCCCUGGGACCCGAUGUUCCAGAGUUGAUUAUCCUUCCAGUGUACUCUGCUCUCCCCAGUGAGAUGCAGACCCGAAUCUUUGACCCAGCUCCACCUGGCAGCAGAAAGGUCGUGAUUGCCACCAACAUUGCGGAGACAUCACUGACUAUUGACGGCAUUUACUAUGUGGUGGACCCUGGAUUCGUGAAGCAGAAAGUUUACAAUUCUAAGACAGGGAUCGACCAGCUCGUGGUAACUCCUAUUUCUCAGGCUCAGGCAAAGCAACGCGCUGGCAGAGCUGGGAGAACAGGCCCAGGGAAGUGUUACAGGCUGUACACAGAACGUGCCUACCGGGAUGAAAUGCUGACCACCAACGUGCCGGAAAUCCAGAGAACCAACUUAGCAAGCACAGUGCUCUCACUCAAGGCCAUGGGCAUCAAUGACCUGCUGUCCUUUGACUUUAUGGAUGCCCCGCCAAUGGAAACCUUGAUCACAGCCAUGGAGCAGCUAUACACGUUGGGGGCCCUGGACGACGAGGGCCUACUUACUCGCCUGGGCCGCAGGAUGGCAGAGUUCCCUCUGGAGCCAAUGCUGUGCAAAAUGCUGAUCAUGUCUGUGCAUCUAGGCUGCAGUGAGGAAAUGCUGACCAUUGUGUCCAUGCUGUCUGUGCAGAACGUCUUCUACAGGCCCAAGGAUAAACAAGCCCUUGCAGAUCAGAAGAAGGCCAAAUUCCACCAGACCGAAGGGGAUCACCUCACCCUGCUGGCCGUGUACAACUCCUGGAAGAACAAUAAGUUCUCCAACCCGUGGUGCUAUGAGAACUUUAUCCAGGCUCGUUCUCUGCGCAGGGCCCAGGACAUUCGCAAGCAGAUGUUGGGCAUAAUGGACAGACACAAGCUGGAUGUGGUCUCCUGUGGUAAGUCCACAGUCCGAGUGCAGAAGGCCAUCUGCAGUGGAUUCUUCCGGAACGCUGCCAAGAAAGACCCACAGGAGGGUUACCGGACACUGAUCGACCAGCAGGUGGUCUACAUCCAUCCUUCCAGUGCUCUCUUCAACAGACAGCCCGAAUGGGUGGUGUACCACGAGCUGGUGCUGACCACGAAGGAGUACAUGCGUGAGGUCACCACCAUUGACCCCCGGUGGCUUGUGGAGUUUGCUCCAGCCUUCUUCAAGGUCUCUGACCCGACCAAGCUAAGCAAGCAGAAGAAGCAGCAACGACUUGAACCCUUGUACAACCGCUAUGAGGAACCCAACGCCUGGCGAAUAUCCCGAGCCUUCCGGCGGCGCUGAAAGGCAAGAGUCUGUUUGUCUCUUCUGCAGCAGUGGGCCAGGGCUUGGCCUCGCUCUUAUUGAUGAAAAGCGGAUCCUGAGGAUACAGCUGUCCAGUGACUGACUAUCUUAACUGGGCAUUUCCUAAACUUGUCUCUCAUUUCUUCCCUGGUGGUAAAAUAGAAACAGGGAUUUACACCUGGUUUGAUCAGAGCCUCCAAGCCCCACCACCCCAAGGCACUCAGCCAGGGCUCACAGCCAACAUGGGAGUACACUGCAUCAUCUCCAAGAAAGGGGAAACUUCUGCAGCCCUCGGAUGGGAAAGGGGAGUCAUGAGCGUCUGGUACCUGGACUCAGUGAGGGCCCUGAUGCCCUAGCUGGUACUCUGGAGGAGGGAGCCACAAAGCUCACUGAAAGUGUUGGCCCCCCCUUCCUGCCCCUGUCCAGCCCCUGUACUUUUGCUUAACCUCUUGCAAAUAUUUAUUUUCUUAAGGAAACAAAAUUGGUUUUCUGUGGCUGUUCUUUUAGCUGAAAGGUUAGUGUUGGCCUGGGCUGAGGGUGGGGAGGGUUAGUAUCUGUGGCUUCAGUGGAGAGUCCCCUGAAACCAGAGCCCGGGGCCUCUUUGGGCUGGGAGGUGACGCACAGCCAGACCUCCAGUCUUAUCUCUCAGCCCUGGCGCUGGUCCGGCUCUGCGUGGACCGCCCCAUGAUUAACCACAUCCACUGCACAGGCGCUCCACUUUGGGCGCCUGAGUGGUUACAGAUGCCGCGUAUUGAAUACAGAAGGCUCUCCCUGGCUCCCUUUCCCGCCUGCCAUGCUCACAACAUGCAGCGUGUCCUAUUUCCUUUUGAAACAUGUAAGUAAUGACACAACUUUCAGUUUAUUUUGGUUUUAUUUUUAUCCUCCUGAGGUCUUUGACAAAGGGUUUUUUGGUCAAAGCCUCCCUCCUUCCACCCCCAAACUGAAAAUCAACAGAACGCCUCUCAGAGCCUGUUUGUGCUGCCCAGGAUCUGUGCUCCUGGCCUCGUGCUUGGUGGUUUUCUCCUAGCAUUUGGCUGGGGAAUGGCCACCUCCAAGUGCCUCUCUCACAUUUCCUGAGAAGCCUCUGGGCUUGGACUUGGAAGAACAUCAGACAGAUGCUGCUGGGCCAGGCUGUGGAACUUCUGGAAAGUUGGUCUUGUAGAGAAGCCCCCGGGGGGUUGGGGACAUCCUAUGUUAUGGCCCGCACUGCUUCCUACCUCCUCACACCAGUAAGUAAUGAUGUAAAUACUAGAACUACUAUACAGUGGUACGCUGGACACUGAAAGAGACCAUAUGCCAUAUUAGGAUAUAAAGGAAUGUGGGCUGUCAUUGAGCAGCAAACCAACCACCCUAAAGACACAGUUCAGAAACAACCCAGCAGAAUCUGCUGACUGUAGGUCCCUGCCCCUUUAUUGAGCUGAGUGAGCUCCUACGAUUCUGAGUGUGCCUCUCAGGAAGCCCAGGCCAGCAGUUAAGGGCAGGGGAUCUUUACAUGCUAACCUUUAAGGUCUUAUGGGGAGAGAGAGUGUAGGGACGGACCGAUGAAAGUGAAGUGGAAGCAGGGGCUGAGUACCCAGCUCCCCAGUCUUAAUUCCAGCCCAGGUCUCUCCAGUUUAGGAACAAAAACUCUGGGCUUGGCAGCCCGCCUGUCCCAGCUGGGUGACCAGCACUGACGGCAUUCGCACCUCUGAAGUCAUCACCCCCAAGGAAGGAGGUUUGGGUUUUAAGCUGAAGUUGAAAAGGGGAUGUUUAACAGGCCAAGGGUGAGAGACAGCAGGCUGGUCAUCUUUCUGGGUUAGGUGAGCAAAAAGGACCCCAGCUCCGUGGGUGUUCCUUGAACUUCUCCCCGAAGAGCUGGGGUCAUGUCUCUGCUGUGACAACAUGGCUGGGGUCUGACCUUCUGACCGUCCAUCAGGAAACAGCAUGUAGGCAGUAUUGCUGAGCCUGCCCAGAGGGAGAGGGGGGCUCCCGGCCAGAUUGGGAAGGAGGACUCGCCUGCUGCUCCUACACAGUGGGGCCCCUGUUUCUCUUCCUUGAACCAGUAUUUCCCGAGAUUGAGUGACAGCCCAGGAGAGGAUGUGGGUCUCAUGCAGGGAGCUGGAAUCUUCUCGGUUGUUAAAAGUAUGCUGUUUACCCCACCCCUGUGGGAGCCUAGCUCAGGAGUUUCCUGCCCCUGCACAUGUGCUGAGUCUUGUACUUGUCUGUGUGUCAGGGGACCGUCCCCACGGGCCACAUGUCAGCUCUCCUGCUGGGUCACAUGCCUUGGUCCAGGGUUCACCUUCAUCCAUUCUGGAGCACGAUUUGGUUUUGGCUGUCUCUCCUUCAGCCAGAGAAUUCUCUCCAGUGGUCGUGGUUGCCGUCUGGUAGCUGUCUCCUCUCGGAGCAGUGCCCUCCAAGUGUAAGGAUUUGAGCAAGAGUUGUGAGGAGUGUCUUGUUAACGUGCAUUUCAGAGGGCAGAGGUCACGUGUCUCAGCCUGUGGAGACCUUUCCAGGACACUGCUUCUCACCUAAAUCCCUGUCUCUCCUCAUGUGCGCCUACUGGGGACCUCAGGGUUUCCACUUGACUUUACACCUCUUCCCACCAUGAUAGCCUGGCUUUCAUGUACAAUUAAAUCAUAUCUUUUUUAAAA